ACUUGAUGGCCCGGGGAGGUACGGAAGUGUCCCACUUGGUCUUUGUGCGCGGAGCUCUCAGAUGAAGAAGUCGCGGGCUCCGUGAAGCGAAGAGGCGAUCAGCUGCUCGCUGCUUUGCUGCUGCUGCUGCUGCCCGCCCUGCCUGCCUGCCCUGCUGCAACGGCGGGAGGAGUUUGUGAUGGCAGCUUCCUUGCAGGGGGUGAGUGUGCGGCGAGUGAGUGAGUCGGAAGAGUCUCGCCUCGCGUCCGCUCCCCUCGCCAUGCUCGCCGCGACCUGCAACAAAAUCGGCAACGCGCGCUCCGUGUCCCCGCUCGGCGAGACGCACUUCAGCGGCAAGGGCGGAUUCUACCCCUGGAAGAAGCCGAGCGCCUCCAACGGAGGCGGCUACGGAGCGGCCACGCGGAGCCCGGGCGAACACCAGCAACAGCAGCAGCAGCAACAGCAGCAGCAGCAGCAUCAGCAACAACAGCAGCAACAGCAACAUCACAGCCUCGGUAGCAUCAGCAACAACAACAACAGUGGCAGCAGCGGCGGCAGUUCGAGCGCGUUCAGCGCCGCGUCUUGCACCACGGCCUCCUUCGGUGGCGACUACUCGGCGUACCACGGCGGCGGCGGCGUCUCGUCGCCCGAGCCCACGCACUCCGCCUUCGUCUCCAAAGUGCACUCGUCCGUGGAGGGUCUGCAGGGCAUGUACUCUCGCGUGGGCAUGCCCCCCCCUCACCACCACCACCACCACCACCACCCGUACGAGUCGUGGUUCAAGGCGGCGGGCGCGGGCCACGGCGACGCGUCGGCCGGAGGCGCCACCGCGGCCGCCGCCGCCGCGUGGUGGGACGUGCACGGCACGGGCUGGCUCGACGUGCAGGCCGGCGCCGCGGGCGGCCUGCAGGCCCCGCUGCAGCCCUCCUUCCACUCGCAGCUGGGCGGCUACAACUCGGACUACGCCGCCAGCCUGGGCCACACGGCCGCGGCCGCCUUCGGCGGCGCGUCGCCCCACCUGCUGCCCUCGGCCGCCCAGCACCUGCUGGCGCAGAACAGCAUGCUGCCCACCUACGCCGAGUCGACCGCGACGGGGGCCGGCGGCGGCGGCGGCGGCGGCGCGCUGUCGGCCAGCCCCGUGAUCGCGGGCGCCCCGGGCCUGGGCCCCGCGCCGACGCCGCGCGGCUCCAGCCGCCGGUUCCCCGGGCGCGCCACCUGCGACUGCCCCAACUGCCAGGAGGCGGAGCGGCUGGGGCCCGCCGGCGCCAGCCUGCGGCGCAAGGGCCUCCACAACUGCCACAUCCCCGGCUGCGGAAAGGUGUACGGCAAGUCGUCGCACCUCAAGGCGCACCUGCGCUGGCACACGGGCGAGCGGCCCUUCGUGUGCAACUGGCUGUUCUGCGGCAAGCGCUUCACGCGCUCGGACGAGCUGCAGCGGCACCUGCGCACGCACACGGGCGAGAAGCGCUUCGCGUGCCCCGUGUGCAACAAGAGGUUCAUGCGCAGCGACCACCUGAACAAGCACGCCAAGACGCACAGCGGCGGCAAGACGGGCAGCGAGAGCGACCCCGAGACGAGCAACCCCGAGUCGCCGUCGCACCCCCACUCGCCUGACGUGGGCGGGGAGUCGGCGGGGUCCAUGCAGGAGGCGGGCAGCAUGAUGGUGGUGGGCAGUCAGGACCAGCGGCUGGCUUGAGCUCGGUCGCUGAUUAUCAUCGUCAGCGUCGUGAAUUAUUGCACGGCGAUUUCGUUUUUGGGCCCAAGAUGUCUUGGCGUGGUGCUGGUGAUGAGGGCUGUUGGUGAUACGUUGGGGCUGACGCGUCUCUCCGUCGCUGAAGGGCCGGGGAAGCAUCUCCAGGGGGAUGCGUUGAAGGUGUUUUUUGUUGGUUUUCACGUUCAUAUGUUCUCGCGAAGUUUUGGGCGCAAGGCGUGAACAUGCCCUCCCCCCCACUCCCACCCCGGCUUCUUUCACCUUCGUGCGGAGCGGGCCGAGUGGGGAGUAAGACUUUGUGGGUGGAGAGGAGACUUAAGUGCACGGAUGGAUGGACAGCCAAACAACACUCAAGCCUCCCGCCGUCUUUAGUCGGGGUCCUCUGACCCUGACGUCUGACCCUGACCCGGACUCUAACCUCAACGCCAAACGCCCUCAUCGUCACACCUCGCCCCGUCUACCCUUCGUGACCCCCUCGAUCGAUCGAACGCGUCUACGAAUGCUCAACAACAUCAGCAGCAGCAGCCGCAGCCGCAGCAACAACAUCAUCAAGAACAACAACAAACAAUCCCUAACUGUUGCCCGCUCACGUCAAUAUUCACGUGGCCAGAUGUCAGCGUUAAUAACAAAACCAAGUUAAAGGCGCAGCCCCGCAAGUGCUUGCUCGCGCCGCUGCUGGCAGAAAGAACGGCGGUCCUCCGCUCGAGGCAAGCUCCGGGAGCGUGGAGUGCUUACAGCGGACAUUGUUUGGCCUACUCUUCCACGCUCGCCAGAGCGACGUCUUGGAAGACGCCCCGGGAUGGGGAGGAAAGAGAGGGCAGGCGAGACUGAAGCUGUCCGUGAAAGAUGUUUGACUCUUGUCUGGACCGUGUUAUCAGUGCUGUACCCGUUGAGGUCUUAUCACCAUCGGUUCCGCACCAGGUGAGAUGUUGUCAUAAUUAUUCUUAUUAUAAUUAAUAAUAUGGAAAGAGAGCGAGAGAGAGAGAGGAAAAAGAAAUAUCUAUUACUAAAAAAAAAUGAGAUUACAGAUUCGUGAAUAAAGCUUUUGGCAAUCAUAUAUAGAGUUAUAACGUGGAUUUGGAUAUAGUUGACUAUAACACGUGCACGCGUGCGUGUGUGUGUGUAUAUACUCGUCUGUUCACUGUUUGCGGGAAAAGGAAUCAUUGCCUUGAUGACUUUGAGCAUUUAGUGCGCUCGCAAUUUGUACAUGGUUUGUAAAAAAAAAUUACGAUGGUGAUGAUGAUGAUUUAAUGAUAUUGAUAACUGAUGAUGAUGUUGAUAAUAAUAUGAAUUUAAUAAUAAGGUCGAAAUGUUAGACUUAUAAUAAUAGGGGGGGGGGGGGGGGUGUUCCCUACCGUUGUGUUUUAACUUAAGUGCGGCGUGAAGACACGUGUAAGAAUUCGAUAAAAUGGAAUUGAAAAGAAUUAUGGAAAAAAAAACCCCGCUCGUUGAAAAAAAUUAAAAUGCAAAUGCGCGCUAAACUACA